AUGGAGGCGAGGCAGAGGAAGGAUCAGCCAGGUGAACAGGAGCUGGAGGGCAGGUCACUGCUGAUUCUCUAUGGCACAGAGACAGGCCACAGCCAGGAGAUCGCAGAGGAGAUUCGGGAGGCUGCUGAGAGGUUGCGAUUUCAGACACUGGUUGAACAGAUGAAUGACGUAUCACUGAAAGAGCUGGCCCAAUAUCUGCUUGUCAUCUUUGUCACAUCGACUACAGGUCAAGGGGACAUGCCUGCCAAUGCUACUGCUUUCUGGAAGAGCCUUUUGAGAAAGAAGUUACCACUAGGCUGUCUGCAUCAGCUGAAUUUCACCAUCUUCGGCCUUGGCGACAGCAGCUAUCCCAAAUUCAACUGGGCUGCAAGAAAACUACAAAAACGUCUCUUGCAACUCGGGGCAACUGAGGUCUACCCAGCCGGGGAAGGCGACGAGAAGCACGAUAACGGAAUUGACAGCAUUUAUCUGCCUUGGUAUCAGGGCCUGCAAUCUCAUCUAUCCAACCGAUAUCCGCUGCCCAGUGGCAUUGCGCCCAUACCUAACGACCAACUUCUCCCACCAAAGUAUCCCAUCGAAGUGGCAGAGAUGGAUCCCAAGGAUCUGAACCAUGCGAAUGAGAACGCAAGCUGGGAGGCGAACCGAGAGAAGCAUGCCGCCCUCAGUCAUGUCCAACACCCCAAAUCUACUUCCCAAGAAGCCGACGACCAAGACCUUCGUCGCAACGACCUAAACGGAUAUGGUGAACUCGCUCGACACGGCGCACUUAGUCUUGAGCGCCUGAAAAUCAGGGGACCUGCGAAACCGGACGGGGAUAACAUCCUCAAAGAUCAUCCUCACAAGUAUGAUCUCAACCGGCCCGCUCGCGAGGAUGGGCCGCCGCCCACAGAGCUCCUCCCUAUCCCUGGAACCAGGGAGUGCAAGCUUCUCUCUAAUAAACGUGUCACCCCGGACAGCCACUGGCAAGAUGUGCGCCUUCUUACGAUGGAGAUCUAUAAAAGCGACUGGAACAAGAGCGAGCUGCCAGACUUUCUGCCAGGCGACACUAUCAUGAUCUACCCCAAAAACUUCCCCUCCGACGUCCAGAAACUAAUCCAUCUGAUGGGCUGGGAUCCGGUCGCAGACCUGAGAAUCAACUGGAGCAGCAAGCUUGGGCAAGUAUCCGUCCCGCGCGGCAUGCAUCCCAUCGACAACUCAACCCUACGGGAUAUUCUCCUCCACAAUCUCGAUUUCAAUGCCAUCCCAACCCGCACAUUUCUCAAGCAGUUGCGGCGCCAUACUCGAGACGAGCGCGAGCAGGAACGCUUGCUGGAGCUCACACUCGAGUCGAACACGCAGGAGUUCUAUGACUACACAUCUCGGCCCCGUCGCACCAUCCUGGAGGUUCUUGAAGACUUUCCGGGUGUCCAGGUCCCCGUGAGAUACGCCCUAGAAGCCUUCCCAAUCAUCCGUGGCCGAGCAUUCAGUAUCGCCAACAGCGCCUUUGAGCAUCAUGACGAAACUGCGGAGACCCGGAUCGUUGAAUUGCUGGUUGCUUUGGUCGAAUACAAGACAAUCAUUCGGAAGCCAAGAAGGGGACUUUGCUCGAGGUACAUUCAAGCUCUGGAACCAGGAACACGACUGGCUGUUGGGAUCAACCCAGGCCAUCCUCCGCCGUUCGAUGACGACAGCUUCAAGAGGCCCCUGAUCGGCAUCGCCACAGGGACAGGAAUAGCGCCCAUCCGCAGUCUGAUUCAGCACCGUCACCUGUGUGAUACCGAAGCAAGCGGUAAAACCCUACUCUUUUACGGUUGCCGAAGCAAAGAUGCGGAUUUCCACUUCGAAGGAAACUGGCGGCGCUUGAAAGGUCUUGCGGUUGUGCCAGCCUUCUCGCGCGAUCCAAUCAAUGAAGAUGAAAAAAGCUUUCUUGACCCCUACGCGAAACAGGAGUCGUCGCUUGGGCCAAGUGGAAUGAGCGCCAUGCCUGGCCCCAUCGGACCACAGAACACGCCUUGGAUCAGGAGCUUCGACUACGACCGGGGCAAGAUGUACGUCCAGCAUCAGAUCCGCCGAUACGCACAAGAGAUGUGUAAUUUGAUCAUGCGUGGUAUCGAAUCUGGACACAACCCCAUCAUCAUGAUCUGCGGUAAUGCGGGCAGAAUGCCUGUGUCGGUGCGCCUCGCGCUGGAGGAUGCCUUAGUGAUAGGAGGUCUGGUCAAAGAUAAUGAGGCAGCUAAGCAUGUAUUGCAGGAGUUUGGCGUCUGGAUGGAGACAUGGUAGAUGCUGGUCCUGAAUCUGUCUUGCGUGACGUGAUGCAGAGCUCUCACUAAGACCUCGUUGGAGAAGACGGCCAAUUCUACACGGACGACACAUCAUCCAUGCGGGCCCUACCGCAUAUUAUGGCUCCAAAAUCAUAACUUGGGGUCGAAGUCUGUAUGGUUUAGAGUAGCCGACAUGUCCUUGCCGCAGGACGUCCACAUUUGUGGCAUGGGUACGGUAGACCUUGAUCAGGUACAAUCAAUCUUCUUGCCGUCACAUGAGGAAAUUCUCAUGC